GAUGUCGAGUUCGGGUUUGGGGUCUCAAUUUUUCGUGCUGAAGUUUGAUGGAAAGAGUAGCUUCACUCUUUGGCAAAGAAGAAUGAAGGAUCUCCUUGUGCAUUUGGAUUUGUCUAGAGCCUUGAAAGGAGAUGAAGGCGAGCCAGAGUCAAUGAGCGCCGGUGAUUGGGAGGAGUUGUGCGAAAGGUGUGUUAGUACCAUCCGGUUGUGUAUUGCAAAUUCUGUUGUCAAUUGGGUAAUUGAUGAAGACUCUCCGACAGCAAUAUGGGAGAAGUUGGAAAAGCUCUAUAUGGCAAAGAGCUUGACCAACAAGCUUGUUUUGAAGCAGAGGUUGUAUCGGUUGCGGAUGGAGGAUGAUGAUACCUUGGUUGGGCACAUGAAUGUGUUCAACGGAUUGAUAGACGAGUUGAAGCGGAUCGAUGUAAAAAUUGAAGAGUGUUCCCGCCAAAAUGUAGGAGUGCUUCAUUGGGCCAAUUCGGGCUGGUCUAUAGGGGGCUGAGCAAAAAUGGGUUGUGUCAAAUCGGACUGCGCCACCUCCAUUUAUUGCAUAAUGUAUGGUCUAAUCAAGUACUAUACACCAUGGAUCCUCGCACAAACAUCAAAAGUAGUGCCUUUUUUAUGUCUAAUCAACAUUAAUUAAAUAAAUAUGUGCUAUGAAAAGUUAGGCUUUUGAUUGACUGAUGGACAAUUGAACAUAAUAGGCUGACAACUAUACAAAUAGCAUCAUUUAAAUACAAAACAUAUCAAAGUGAAGAUUUGCAAAUCUUCCGAAACCAGUGCCAACAAUAAAUGAGAGCUUGCAGCAACCAAAUCAAAUCAGGUACAAUAAAUGUGAUACAAAGCUCAAUAUAAAUAGACUAAAAUUUACAUUUUCAACAUCCAAAAUCCAACCCUAGGCAAUCUUCUUCCAACUUCAAAGUUAGCAACUUCAUCUUCUAUCCAUUAUUAAAUGUUCUUUUUACUAGAAAUGACUCUUUGCUUUUUUUUGCUAUGUGAUUGCAGGAUUAAUACAAAUUGGAUGGUAGUACACCAAUAAACACUACACAAUUCUAUUUCAGUUUUGAGAAAAUGCUGAAUAGAAGAUAAAAAUAUCUUUUUUACUAGAGUGUGCAUUUUGCAUUAAUGACAUUAAUAAUCAACAAGGUUCUAUGAAAAAGCAGUGUUAAAUAAUAACUACUCCGUAUAAGUUUAAAAUUCAAAUCUUGGGACAAAAAAGAAGAAAUAAUAUACUAAGUAUUUUGUAUUGUUAAUACUUGCACUAACUAUAUGGGAAAACGUUGUAAUAAAAAAAAUUGCUAUAAUUAGGUGGAACCAAAAUUUGAGCUUAUAACAGAACUCAAUAAAACAUACUCUGUACGUAAAAUAAACUCAUACUUUUUUUGUUGAAAAACUCAUACUUUAUGAUUAUACAUUUUUAUAUACUUAUUAAACACAAUAUUUUCAAACUAGGAGAUCUUUCAGAAAAAAAUGUGAAAGAUGAAACAAAUAAAUUAAGAGAGAGAAAUAAUUGAACUUUUCUAAGUUCUUACAUAGUGCUUAUUGACUAUCAAGAUCUGGGAAGUAAAAUUAAAAUAUUAGCUUCUCCCACUUUCAAUAUUUUUGUUAGAUUUAUACGAUUAACAUAGAUCUAGACUUGCAUGUCAAAAUAUACAUUAUGAAAAUGGUUUAAACAAAUUUUAAGAUAGAUCGAUGAUAAUAUUUGAGGAAGUUUUCUAAGAACAUACUAAAAUCCAGAAAUUUCAAGAAAAGAAAAAAAACAUCAAAGAAAACAUCAUGAAAAUUUAAGAACAAGGGGUUAUAUGAACAUAAAAAUACCAAGAAAAUCAGUAUUUCAGAGUGGAAGAAAUAAAAUACGAAGUAAUAUGCAUACUGUAGCUGGUGGCCACUGGACCGACGACUGACCGGGUCAAAACGGAAGGUGACGAUGGAGAGAGUAGUUAGCCGGUGCAUCGGCCGUCGUUUGAUGUCUCAAAUUGAAGACCUUAGAGAGAGAUAGAGAAAGCAAGAGAAAAUAAAUAGAGUAGGCCAACUAGCUAGCGAAAGGAUAUGGGGUGGGG